AAUCGAAACCCACACUCAUCAAUUGCUCUUGUUUUGUGUUCCUCUCUAACUCUCUCACACCCCAAUUAGAACUACAAGAUUCAAAUACAAACUAAAAACUAAACACUACUCACUAAGGUUGCUAUCUUAGUGUGUUGUUGUUAAUAAUUACUUGGUUGAAUUGAAUUUGAAGGGAAGAUGGUUAGAACACCUUCUUGUGACAAGAGUGGAUUGAGGAAAGGUACUUGGACUCCUGAGGAAGAUAGGAAGUUAAUUGCCUAUGUUACUAGGUAUGGUAGCUGGAAUUGGCGCCAAUUGCCUAAGUUUGCAGGACUGGCUAGGUGUGGGAAAAGUUGUAGAUUGAGGUGGAUGAAUUACCUAAGGCCUAAUCUCAAAAGAGGGAACUUCACUCAAGAGGAAGAAGCUUGCAUAAUCAAAUUGCAUUCUAAACUUGGAAAUAGAUGGUCUGCCAUUGCUGCGGAACUACCUGGAAGAACUGAUAACGAAAUCAAGAACCAUUGGCACACCACACUCAAGAAGCGCUUCCAAACCAAUGAAGAAGAAUCCAAACCCAAAGAAACUACUCAGAUCUCAGCAGAGAGCAACACUACUACUACUUCACCAUUAUCACCAUUGUCAUCUUCAAGUGAAUUUUCCUCCAGAACUUCCUGGGAUCAAAGUCACAAUAAUAAUAAUAAUAAUAAGAACAAUCUGGUUCUUGAAGACGACGAUUUCGCUUUUCUGGAUGGAAGUUUCUGGACAGAACCAUAUCUUGCUGAAAUCUUGCAUGAACAAGAAACAGUAGUAACAGUGCCUAGUAGUACUAGCAAUGUGUUUGAUCCUUGUGAAAUCUCAGUGGCCAAUGAAAAUGAAGAGUUGGAAUUAUCAUCCAACAACAGUACGUCAAGUUUGUUUGAUCUGGAGAAAGAGUUUGGGAGCUUCUUGAUUGAACCAACAAUGAUGGAAAGUUUUUGGACCCAGCCAUGUGUGUCUGAAUCUGAUGACGUGUCCCACAUUCCUUUUAUGCCUCCAUCAUCUGAAUACUUUACAACGCUGUGUGGGUCAGAUCCUUGGAGCACUCCAAGUACUACUCAUUUGUAUGAUCAACAUCUUAGCUUAUUCCAUUGAAUAAAAUCUAAUAUAAUGUUGGGAUUUUCA